AAAGCUCAAGGCAAAUAGAGGUGCCUGAAAUCAUGUUGGCAUUACUGAAAGGUUCAAAUUUGAAGACACUGCUUUUAUGACUCUUCAAGAAAUUUGGCAUGCUUUAUUGUGUAAUAUUGGUCUGACCCCUUGUACUUCAUUGAAUUCAAGUCAAUGUCAGCACUUAGUUUUUUAUUUUAAUUUGACUGCCUCACAACAUUAUUUGUUGGUGUUGUGGCUUCCCUGGUCAUGCAGAAGCAGGGGGAAUAGGGGAAAAACUGAAGUGUAUGUCUGCUGCCACUGCCUCCAAAUCUCAGUGAAUGUUUCUCUAGGGAGCUAAAGCUUGACCACUGAGUUGUUUGAUCUGUCUCAAUUGUUAAUGAAACAUAAUGGCUGUGGUGGAAAGGCUGAAAUUGUCACGAGAGAGUGAUGAUUACACUGAUGUUUCUUUAUUAUUUGAAAUGCAUAAUACAAGAGGGUUUACAAUUCAGUCAAUCGAAAAGGUGCAUAAUGAUGUACUGAUGCAACAGUUCCAAAGAAAAGAGGAGGAAUAUGUACACAGGUACGGACAUGUACGAACUGUGAAGGUAUUUCAUGGAACCAAGAAAGAUAAUAUUUCAUCGAUUCUGAGAACAAACCUAGAUGUUAAUCGACAUGGAACUAACAUUGGGCACCGUUUUGGAGCUGGUGUAUCUUUUUCUGCUCGUUCAAGUUAUGCAAGUAAUUAUUGUGACAAACAGGAGAAUGAUAAGACAAUGUUGUUGUGCUAUGUUUUAGUAUCUGAAAUUGUAAAUGUGCCAGAAGUUAGAAACCCUCAACUUGUAUUGCGUGAACCUCCUGAAAUUCCUGGUAGAGAGCCACUACGUUAUGAUACAACAGCCAAAAACAAGGAUAUAAUGGAUGUUAUUGUCAAGUUUGAGCAGCACUCAUACUAUCCUGCGUAUGUCCUCACCUAUAAUUAAUCAAUUACUAACUAAUCAUCUCUUACUAAAUUUUUAUGACGACUUAUUUUACACAUGUUAUUAAUCAAUUUUUAUUGUUUAUGAUGAAUACAUUUGUUUUAUAUACUUAACCAGUAUUACAACCAUAAUAAAAUUUUACCACAAAAACGA